UUAAAAAAUACUUUUCCACAACAAAAUCCCCAAUUCACUCUCUCUCUCUCUCUCUCUCUCUCUCCCGUAACCGACUCUCACCCCUUCAAAUCCCCAAUUAUUCAAAACCUAACCCUAACUCACCCUCAAAUCCCCAAAUCUUCACAGAUCUCCGAUCCAAAUCAAAAAAUUUCCGAUCAAUUCAUCUAGAUCUGAUAUUCAACACGAUGGUAGUCAACGGCCGUGGAUUGAAACGGAUGAAACGGCGAGUAACGGCCGAUCUUAAUGACUUUUUAACGUUUCCGGCCGGCGAAGUGACGGCGGCCGAACCGUUUCGGACCGGCGUGAGAACGUUUUUGCUCCGGCACGCGCUGCUCCCGCCGCCGUCGUCGCUGAUUCCGCAUCUGCUGACGUGGCAGAUGUUGUUUAGGGUUGGUGAAGGGAGUGGUGGUGAUGAUGCGUGUGUGUGUGUUGAUGUGGUGGAGGAAGAUGUGGUUAGAGCUAGAUCGGUUUAUUGUGAUCAGUGCCGAGUUGUUGGCUGGAGCGGGAACCCAGUAUGUGGGAAGAGGUACCAUUUCAUAAUAAAGGCUGAUGGGGCUUCUAUUGGGGGCUACAACAAGCCAUGUGCUGGUUGUGGCGCUUUCGUCCAUUUGUCUGACUCAAGGUGCAAGUCAUGUAACCAUGUGUUGACUACUGAAGAUGUUGAGGAGUGGAUGUAUAACCAGUUGGAUGAUACCAGUCAUCUUUUACAUGCUGUAGUCCAUAUGAACGGUUAUGGUCACAUUCUCAGAGUUAACGGCAGAGAAGGCGGGUCCCACGUCCUCUCAGGCCGUCAUAUCAUGGACUUCUGGGAUCGCCUUUGCAAAGCUCUUGGAGUCAGACAAGUCAGUGUUAUGGAUGUAUCAAAAAAAUACGGGUGUGAGCUUCGGUUACUUCACUCGGUAAUCAAGGGUCAUCCAUGGUAUGGUGAUUGGGGUUACGCGUUUGGUGGCGGAAGUUAUGCUAUUACUCAUGAAGCCUACAAAGAUGCAAUUAAAACCCUAGCAAACAUGCCUUUAUCUGCCUUAUCUUCACAAGCGCGUAAACCAAGAACGCAUUUACACAACUUGAUUGCUUUUUACCAGUCACUGUCAGAUCAAGAGCUCGUAACUUAUAAAGAUCUGUUCCAUUGCGUAGCUAAAUUAUUGCAUGAGUCCAAUAAAAACUGCGCAAUGGUGGAUUAUCAUCCCACUAAAAAGGUUAAGUUUGGUGAUUCAAGAGCGUUGUGUGUCUGGAAUAUGAGUGAUAUAGUUCGUGUUGAGGAAGCGAUGUUCAAGGUGUUGAAAGCGGUAAGCGGGUCUUCGUGGGUGAGCUGGCGGUCCUUACGUGGGGCCGUUUUCAGGGUGGGCCCUCCUGAGCUUUUGGAGUAUUGUCUUAAGGAACUUAAAGGGAAACAAGCAGAUAAUGGUACGGUGGUUAAUGCUAGAUAUAAUCCAGAUUCUGGUGGUCUUGAAUACAGGCUUGAACCCAAUAGCAGCACCACCGUCAACUGCUCAAUUGCAAGUAGCCUAUCUGAAGAUAAUUUAAUCCGAGAUUUAAAAUACUUAUAUGAAGCGUUACUACAUCCUCAGUUUACGGUAAAUCAUGUUCCUUCCACAAAAAAGGACGUCGUCGUAUAUUCAGCUAUGAAAAUUCUCGAUUGCAAGCAGUUUGUGAAAAACUAUCACCCCGAAAACUCAUUUAUAAAAGCCAACCCGGAUUCACUAAUAUUGUCGUGCAAACCCGAACUCACUGAAGAAAACGAUAUAAGCCCGCCUCCUGAACUCAUAAUCCUUCCCCCUAAUGCCACUCUCGGUGACGUUAAGAAUGAGGCGUCGAAAGCUUUUCAAGAAGUUUAUUUGAUUCUGAGACGGUUUCAAGCGGAAGAAGUUGUUGGAUAUAGAGGUGUAGAUGAAUCCACCCAAAUCAAGCUUCUGAUCGGGUCAAAGAAUGAGUCGGUGGUCAACGUUGUUGGCAAGUGUUUAGGGAAGAGUGGGUUAAGUCGGUUUAGGAUGGAACGAGGUGUGGAAACGUGGACUUUGGAUUGUAGUUGUGGGGCUAAGGAUGAUGACGGUGAGCGGAUGUUGGCGUGUGAUGUGUGUGGUGUUUGGCAACACACUCGAUGUGCCGGUAUUCCCGACUCUUGUGUAGUGACUUUGAACUUUGUUUGUUGCAAAUGUGACGGUGAAGGUGGCGGUGGUGUUGGGGUGGUGGAGGCUGAAGGUGGUGGAAUAGUUGGGGAUGGUGGGGGAGGCCGCUGCGGCUUGAUGUCUAUCGGUGGCUGAUUUUUUUUGUUGCCUAUGAAAAGAUUUUGUAAAUUCUUUUUGUGCCUUGGUGUUUUCUUUAAAUUUUGGUUUUUUUUUUUUUUUUUUUUUUUUUUUUUUUUUUUUUUUGUAUGGGGCUCUCUAAUGUAGACUGAAAUGGUGUAAAUAUUUAGGCUUAGGAUAGUCUCUAGUAUAAGAUGCUGACCGUUCACCUUUGUUUUCCUUUUGCAUAGACGCAAAAUGGUAGAAUAUUUUUUAAUAUGAA